GCGAGUGAGAGAGUGAGCGCGUAAGGUGGAGGAGGGGGGCCGGAGAAGGCGAACAGCGCUACGGCUUCCCGAUAAUGACACAUGGGGCUGGGGGAAUUUCGCUUCUUUUUCUUUUAGUCAUAGCCUUCCGCCUUCUCUUUAUUCCAAACCCAUGCCCAUUGAAGUGUCAAGGAAACCUGACCACGAUGACAUGACGUGAUUGAAAGCUCUCGGCUACCUACGUUGGUCAUCGGUCGUCGGCCAAAAAGAUAACAUUUCAACGUUGACGGCAACUUUGCCGUCUGCCUUCACCCGAGCUUUCAGAUAACGGCUGGGCUCCCAAGGCAACGGUCAGCAAGCGACGGCUUGAUAUAUCACUUGUCGACAGUGAACAAGCUCAUACAAGGAUUUAAACUUGCAACAUGAUCGUUAGGGUGCCGGGGCUUCUGGGAGAUCUGGGAAGACGAGACGUCGCCAACCCAAUCUCAAAACCCCCAUCAGCUUCUGGCUCGCCGUCCGUGGCAACGACAGAUGCAGCAGCCACAGACACCGAAUCAUUUUCCCAAGACUUCCGACCCCUGAUAGUCGUCAGCUCUAUUAUGGGAGCCGCCGUGCUCGUCAUGGCCAUCAUCACAGCCUGCAUAAUGGUCCGACGGUCGAGAAAACGACGAAGCCAAGCCACGGCCGAGUACACGGCCGCGCGCCAGCGGGACCCGAACCUCUCGUGGCAGGAGUACGAACGGCGGUGCAAGCUCAGCAACUCGACCAUGUUUCUCGAGGCCGAGUCCCAGCGUGCGCUCAUGAUCAGCAAGUCGCUAAAGAGCCGACCGUCCCUCGACCGACCCGAACUCGCAGAAGAUGCAGUCAUCACAGACCCGGGCCUGCCCCCUAGCCCGCCCACUCCGACCAAGGCCUCGCUCUGGACCAGAGGAAGGCGACACGCCAGCGGGCCAGAGGCCCUGGCCAUGAACGACUCGGACAUGGAAGACAAGGAGAUGCUGCUGUCGCCGUCGCAGAAGCCGCAGUUCAAGACCUCGCCCGAGAGGCCCGGCUCGAGCGGCAGCGCCGGCAGCCUCCGGAGCCCGGUCCACAGCUCCUCCAACUCGAGCCGCCGGUGGGUGUGGGAGCUUCCGGACGGCAAGAAGUGUCCUCCGGCCUGGGCGAACAGCAACGCGAGGUGGAGCGGCGACCUAAGGGACGCGCCGCCGCCAGUACCGCCGCCGUCGAUCAGGGCCAGGACGCCGCCGAUAUGGGCACACCCGGCUUUCCGGCCCGAGGGUUCUGGCAUGGGGAUCGUCGCCAGAAGCUACACCAAUGACACGGGCCUACUCCCCUCUGAGAGGAUCAAGGAGAAGCCAGCGAGCCUUAACAACGACACGGGCUUGCUACCUGCUGAGAAGAUCAAGGAGAAGCCAGCACCUACGCCCUAGCUGUGGCUUGCUUACCUUCACUUUCGACUUGCCUCUUUAACGACAUAACAUUUAUGAUAAAUAUGAAGACACAACAGAAAAUCACAACCGAGAGAUGGAAUAUAUGGUCGUCUCUCCGGGGGGGACAUAGGUCUAUUCUAAUGUUUGAUAUUUUUAUGAUUUAAUUGGGCAAUGGCCGUUGGGUGUUUUGGGAUUUCUUUUGGGACAUGAUCAUGUCUUUGUUUUUUUGGGGGUAACUUAGUUGCUCUGCGUACCGGCCUGGCGUUUGAGAUUUGCAAAACUACGUACACUAGUCGUGUACUUGGGUGGCCUAAUUGGUUUUUUUAUAUAAUCGUCUAUCAAGAUAAGUCUACUUUACCUCAUUCCAAAGUCGAGAGCUGUUAACCUGCGUGAUCAAAUUUGGUCCCAGAACAGCGAUGGGGUGAACGUGCGAGUGCGAGUACUAUUUGCAAGCUACCGAUUAUAUUAUGCAGAAUAUCUGCGUCUCCUACCUCAGACUUCCUUGGAUCCUGUGCUCCAGACUU